AACCCUCCUGUACUUUUUUAUCAGACGUCGAUCAGAGGGCUGAACCUAUGUGAUAUCUGAUGAAGUAACAAAUUGAGACUAUUCUUGUUGAUGUACAGCAUCAAAUGUGAAAAUGUUAGAAAAUCAAACGUUUCCUGGAAAUAUAUCAGACAUUGAGCACUAUGGGUCUACCAGACGGACGGGGACGUGGCUAACUUUGGUUACAGGCAUUUGCUUGUCGCCGGUAAUCGUGCUUGGAGUGCUUGGAAACAUCUUCUCUUUGUUAGUAUGGGUGAAAGGUCGUCGGCGGAAAACCUCCACAGCUCGGUAUCUAUCAGCACUUGCCGUUGCCGACAUCAUUGUGUUAUUGACGACAGCACUGGAGUUCUGGCUGAGCUACGUCGUGUAUCUUGAUAUAAAGGUGACAGGGACGUUCACGUGCAAAUUCUUCUACUUUAUGGCGUUCUUCGCACCCUCUCUCUCGGCGUGGAUUCUAGCAGCUGUAACUAUCGAGAGAGCGCUAAGUGUGUGGAUUCCUCAUAAAAUAAAUGUAGCGUGCCAACCUGUAACUGCGGUGGUUGUAUCAGGAGUGGUAUCUUUCCUUUUAUGUUUGCUCUAUCUCCCUAUACUGACAAGUGUCGAUGUGGUCGAUGUGUAUACACCUACAUCCACAUGGAAAGAAUGCAGUCCUUUAUCCGACACCAUCUACCGUCAAAAUCUCCAUGCCUGGUUCUACAUCGAUUUGUGCAUAUUUUUCUUGCUUCCAUUUGUGGUAAUGCUGAUAUGCAAUGUGUCUAUCUUAGCAAAGGUUGUCUGUCUCGCACAGAAACGCAGCGCUUCUCUGCACGCACGUGGGCAGAAUCAAACCAGUGCUAAAAGUAAGAAAAUGUUGAAGACUGUCACAAGAAGAAUUGUCAUACUUACUAUAGCAUACAUUGUAUGUAAUUCACCGCUUUCAGUUCUAAACGUGAUUUUGUCUUCAUCAAAAGCGGACUAUAUAGUAGAAGCAGAACACGUGCAAUUUUAUAGAAUACCGUUCCACGUGCUGAUGUUCGUGAAUAAUGGAGUGAAUUUCUUACUUUACUGUCUAAUAGGCUCCGGAUUUAGGAAAGAUUUUAUGAGUAUACUAAGACCUAGCAGUAGAACUUCAACGACAAGAUAGCGUGAGAACUGACGGAUGAUUGAUUGGGCGGAAAGAAAUACUGUUCUAACCGUUUUCUUUGCCAGUAUAUAAACAUCAUGGAACAACUUUCAAGUGAGAUAUAUUGUUUUGGCAUAUGUUAUGAAAACGUAUUGCGUGUACCGAGCUUUAACUAAAAUAUAAUGAUUAUAUAAGCAAAAAAGUCAAAACCUAUUGAGAAUAAUUACGUACGUUCCCUGUUAGUGUCUUUGCCUCUUUGACUAGUUUGAUUGUAAAUGGUUCGGAGUUGAAACUAUAAUCAGCCGUAAUUAAAGUACAAUAUUCGAAA